AUUACAAUUGUAUAAAGGCGGGUUUACACGCUACGAUAAAUUGUUGCGAUGUGGUUGCAGCAAUUUAUUAUUGCAAUCAAUCGUGGUUGGGAUAACUGUUUAAAUACGCCAAUUUAUUGUGUCGAUAUAUUCAUUUAGAUCUCGGUUUCGGACAUGGAGGAAGUAUUGUUGUGGUCAGUGUAUGCAGUGUGCAUAGCGAUUAAAUUUCGAAAGACGCGAAACCCUAGAAGAAAGUGGAGCCGCCAGUGGUUAUUGCAGAAAAGGACAUUUUCUCAUACCAAACUAUUGAGAGAAUUGCGAAAUGAACCAAAUGACUGGCGUAAUUAUUUAAAGAUGGAUGAAGAUACCUAUAUUGAUUUAUUAAGGUUAGUUUCUCCUAUUAUUUUGAAAAAUGAUACGGUUAUGAGAAGAGCAAUAUCCCCGCACGAAAGACUCUCAGCUACUUUAAGAUUCCUUGCCACCGGAAGAAGCUUGAAGGAUAUGGAAUUUUCUACUGCAAUAUCGAAACCUGCUCUCUGCAAAAUUAUACCUGAAACUUGUGAGGCUAUCUACAAAGUAUUGAAAAAACUCAUACAGAUUCCAAAAACAACAAAUGAGUGGUUAAAAAUUGCUUCAGCUUUUGAAGAAAUGUGGCAAUUUCCUCAUUGUUUGGGUGCGAUAGACGGGAAACAUGUACAGAUCGUUCCACCACAAGAUAGCGGAUCUCAUUAUUACAACUACAAAAAGACACACAGCAUAGUUUUGAUGGCUGUAGCAAAUGCUCAUUGUGAAUUUAUAUAUUGUGAUGUAGGAACAAACGGUAGAAUAUCUGAUGGAGGUGUGCUAAAUAACACUAUUUUCUACGAAAAACUAAUAAAUAAGCAAUUGAAUAUACCUGAAUCGGAGCCGGUUUCUUUUGAUCAUGAUUUGGAAUAUGUUUUUGUUGGGGAUGAUGCCUUUGCACUGCGACCUGAUCUUAUUAAGCCUUACAGUCGGGAUUCACUUAAUAAUGAGAGAAGAGUAUGCAACCGUCGCAUAUCGAGGGCACGGCGAGUUAUUGAGAACACUUUUGGGAUUUUAACAUCACGCUUUCGAAUAUUCAACACUGCAAUUAAUUUAAAGGUUGAAACAAUUGUAUCAGUAGUUCUUGCGUGCUGUGCUUUGCACAACCUUUUGCGUAAAAAAUCAGUCACGUACACUCCUUUUGAAUAUUUUGAUAACGAAAAUAUUAUCGAUGGUACUAUUCAGAUAGGUGCCAGGUGUAAUCCUGAUAUAUUACACAACCGACGUUCUGGAGGUCGAGUUUUACAAGAAGCAAAGAUAAUCCGAGAAAAGUUCUGUACGUAUUUUAAUGGGGAGGGAUCAGUUCCUUGGCAAGAAAAAAGUGCAUUGAAUGUUUGAAAUUAACAGUUAAUAGUAAAACGCAUUAUGAUGAGUCUUUAACUGAUGUAGUAGUUAUAACAAUUAUUUACUUUACUAGGCAACAUACUGUUAAUUUGAAUAAUGUAUAUGAAUAAUUCAUUCAUACUUGUUGUAUUUAUUAAUAAACUAUUAAUUUAUUUAUGAAAUUUGAAUGUUUAUGCAAUAAUUUGGUAACAUAGCUAGUAUUUCUGCUGUUAAUAAAAAUUAAGUCAACUUA